GAUUUGCUUUUUUCCUUCUCUGUAGCUAGAGCUACUUUCGUUUUCCAAUAGCUCUUUCUCUCUUCUGGUCGUUUGAAGAAGAAGAAGAAGAAGAAGAAGAAGAAGAAGAAGACUCAAAAGAUUUUCUGGGUUUAGGGUUUCGAAGUCAUGACUAAAAAAUCAUCUGCUCGUUCGGACAAAUCGGGGAAGAACAAAAUCUUGUCGGUGGAUACUCCGACAAGAAGCAAUUUGUUUGCUCAAGAGGAGAUUUUGGCGACAAAACAUGAAAUUCUCAAGGAGAAUCAUGAGAAUCUGGAAAAAGAUUACAAAAGUCUAGAGGAAAGUUUUACGCAGAUGAAUGAAAUGAACGAGAUAAUGAAGUUUCAUCAUCAGAACCAAAAUAAGGAACUCGAAGAGAAAAAUCUGAGCUUGCUCAAAGAUUUAGAGAAAGAGAGAAGUGAGAAGGAGGCGUAUAUGAAGGAGAUGAAGGCACUGGAGAGUGAGAAAGAGGCCAUUAUCAAUGGUUUGAGUGUUAAGAAUCAGGAGCUUUUGAUUUCGAAAGAGAAAGAAGUGGAGAAGCUGAAGGAGAUAAUGGAGAGUGAGAAAGCGGCCAUAAUCAAUGAUUUGAGUCUUAAGAAUCAGGAGCUUUUGAUUGCGAAAGAGAAAGCAGUUGAGAAGCUGAAGGAGAUGGAGAACAAGUAUGCUGAAUUAAAAGAGAGAUUUGAUGCGGCCAACUCACAAUGUUCAUUUUUGAAAUCGCUCUUUGAUGCUGCGAAUCUCACCGGUAUAGGAGCAAGCGAUGUGGCUUUCAAAAAUGAGGUUAUUGUGGUGGAUGAUCUUGAUGUGACUAUCAAGAAUGAGGUUAUUGUGGUGGAUGAUCAUCAUGUGAAUAACACUGCAACAGAUACGAUUGUGAUCAUUGACGAGAGUGAUGCUGAAAAUGAUAAUCCUCCUCCAAGAGAGAGUAACAUAAUCCCUGAAAAGUCUGUUGAUGUAAAACAAGAACAACAAUCAGAUGGACCAACAUCAUCAAAACAAUUUCUUCGAUCUUCAUCGUUUUUGAUGAACACUGAAAUGGAAGAAGACGCAGGGAAUGGAGGAUUUCGGAAACGCAUGAGAACAUCUGAUGAAGAGGGAAAAGGAGAUUCGAGAGAUGGAAUUAGUCUUGAUAAUACCAUUGAGAAUGAAGAAACUGAGACGAAACUUGUUGCUUCUGAUGAGAUGGAACUUAACAUUGCUCAAAUUCUCGAUAAGAUUGAGAGCUUCACACAAACUGUUUCUAACUUGCUGGAAACAGGGAAGACAAUGCUUAAGGAACUCAGUAAUGAAUUCGAAGAACGCUUGAUCAUGAUACACAAGGAACAUGUUGAGAAAUGGCAGGAGGAGAUCAAGGAAUUGCGUUUGCUUGAUGCAUCAAACGAGGAGACUACUUCCCUCUUACACAACGCUCGCUAUCUGAUUCAGAAUCCUAGCAUUGAGCAAUGAGGUAAACAGUCUAAAACCCUAUCAAGUACUAUCAGCCAUUACUAAGAACAGAUUAUCUUCUGUCGUCCAAUGGUGUAAGAAGUCAUAUAUAUAUUACCUUAGAUCAACAUAUGGUUGGUUUGGGAAUUUUAGAUUUGCACAAUUUCAAAAACUAUAUGAUGUUUUGAAGGAAACAUAGAUAGAAACUAGCUUUAUAUUCAUGAACCUUCUCAGCUAAAGCCAGAAUUGUGUUUGCUUUCUUUAGUAGAUUUUGGGGUGAAUAUAUAAAAUGACUCAUA